GAUUCAUUCCCACCCCUCGAGUGAAUGCCAGAUAGUUUCUUGAUGGCGACAGCUUUGGUAAGUGGGAAGUUGGUCAGUUUUUCAAAUAAAUACAUUGUAAAAACAAAAAUUUCGCCGUAUCGUUGAUCAAUCCGCGGUUUAGCACUUCGCAGGUGUUGUUUCACUGGUGUUGUCAUACGUUUAUUCGAUGUCGAAUGGCAGGUUUUACUCGACAUUUUUUUUUUCACAGCGAAGCUUGUUGUUUUGAUCAUAACUAAUCAGUCCGACUGAAGUUCUACGCGUCGAAACAAGUCAUUAAUGUGUCGGAAUCAGCACAGAUGUGAAAAUGUCGUUUAAGGACUUGUCGUUGUGUUUGUGUCAUUCAUUUUUAACGGGGCAGAGGUUGCGUCAUGCCUCAACUUGUUGACAUUCUUUUGUUUACAGUGUUAGACCCGACAGCCUCUGGGCUCAACUCAAGACCCUGCUGCUGCUGCUUUUUACUUGUUCCAGAAUAGAAGGCCUUGCCUCGAAGUUACUAUUUUCUUAACAUUAAAGUACUUUCGAAACGUUUUAUGAAAUGCAGACUUAUUUGUGAGAUAUCAGUGUUCGUUAAGUCGAACCAACGGCUCGUCAUAUCGUGCACUAGACGCUGUAUGAUCCGUUCUUCCUUGUUUACUAAUACAUUCAAUAUGAGAGCUAUAUUCUCAUUUUUGACGUUUUUUUUUAAAGAAACGUCUAGAAAUGACUUGUUCUUUUCAAAUGAUUAAAAACAACACAAUUUCAUCUCGUAGACUCUGUUAUAUCUGUGUCAGCUUCUCAUUUUUUUGUGCUUAUUCUUCACUUUUCUGAACGGAUUUCACCAAUUUUACACUCAGGCUGCGCAGUUAUGAAUGAAUGAGCUCUCGUACGCAUGCGCCAAAUCCUUUUAAGUUUAUAAACAAGGCCUCCACGCAGCUGGUCACAUGACUUGUCCCAGAGGUAUAUUGUGUCGCUGUAGAGACAAAGGAUUACGCUUAUUGUCUUCCUUUUCUGUUAUAUUUAUGAUGAAAAAUGACAGAUCCGCAAAUGAUGAUUUAUCUCUCGAGGGAGUUUUAAUUUGCCCUGGUAUUGAAUGGGAGUAUCUGUAUUUUAUUAAUAUUUUAUUCCAUUGAUUAUUUCAUGACACAGUAUUGCACAAUAACCUUACCAAGGGCCAGCUUGAAAAUAUAUAUUGUGAGAGUCAGCUUUUGUUCAUAUUGAGUGGCCUGUGUGUAAAACUAAAAUCGCAUUUGUAAAUAAAUCUCUGCAGAAGUGUCUCUCAUUAAAAGGUUUAUUUUUUUGUCUUGAAAUCAGAUGAAGUGCCAGGUUAUGAUGAUGGAUGGCGAGUGAACUGACCUGCAGCACAUUGAAUCAAAGAAAACAGUAGAGCAUAUUCAGAAUGGAUGAAUCUUUUGAUCCACUCAAAUGUAACGAGGACCUGCCUUCCUCUCCUGGGUGCAACAUGGAUUAUGGUAAAAUCCCACACCAGGAAACACAUUUUGCAUUUUAGCGGUCUGAACCUAACCAUAUUUUAAUUUUUUUGAAUGCUUCUCUUUACCUCUGUCCAGAUGACAUGCCAGAGUUGCAGGAGGUGGAGGAGGACCAGAGGUCUCCGGGAUUAUUUCAGGUUGGAGCAGGAGUGUCUCACCAGGAGCUCAGCUGCUCCCCCCGCACCAACUGGCUCACCGAGCUGGCCAACAUUGCCACCAGUCCUCAAAGCCCCCUGCUGAAGAAUGCCCCACACAAGAGGUCUGUGCCAAAAUGAGUCCAAUUGAAGUCAGUUAAGUCCACGUCACCUGUACAUUAGGCAUAACUUAAAGUAAUGUUUCAUGGCGAGUUUAAAACACAUUGAGCAACAUAAGAACACACGAGUGUGUAAUAGUCUAUUUAUGCAAAAAUCAAUGAUCCAAUAUUGUGAAAUGACUUUUAAAAUUAAUCAAGUUAGUCUCUGUAUGUAGAGAUGCAUUUAUACAAUUAUUUGAAUUUUUUAUUGAACUUUACCAAUCCAAAGCCAGUCAUCAUAUCUGUACUUUUCUGAUGCUGUUGUACAUAUUGGCAUAUGAAUCUGUCCCAUACCUUUUAAAGGCCUCUAAAUUAAAUCAAACCAAAAAUGAUACUGAGCCAAACUAUGUAAUAUGUGGUAUAUAAACUGUGUUACAAAGUUGUCAAAAUAAAAACAGUAUUUAAACCAGUGUUUUUCAACCAGUGUGCCAUGACAGAUAGUCGAGUGCACCCUGAGAAUUUAUCCAAUUUCACUAUAUUGGUCUAAAUUUUUUUAAGAAUUACUUAUCUGCAAAUAACAUUCAAGUCUUAACGGUCUGUGCUGUAAUCUACAGCCCCAGGUUUCACUCUGGGUGAGUAUGAAUAAAUUGAGAGACUAUAUUGUCAUUGUGUGAACCUGUAUCUGGGGCUACCAAGUGUCAUUCAGUAACAUUUUUGGUUGGUGGUGUGCCUCGUGAGUUUUUUCUAUGAAAAAAAAUGUACCAUGGCUCAAAAAAGGUUGAAAAACACUGAUUUAAACUGAUGUAAAGUCAUGACGUAUUUUUAUGUCUUACACUCAAGUAUUUAUCAGCUUUUUUCAGUAUAGUUGGUGAAACAGGUUAGCCCUAUUACUUGAUGUAUCCUUAAUGCAUUUUGAAAUAUCAUUUUGAAAUGUGAUCAAUUUUGAAUCCCUGAAGUCACUGGCUCAUUAUCAUCAUAUUAUGAAAACCAAGUUAUAGCUCAAUCAUUUACAGUAAACUUGUGAUGUCUAAUAGCCUCCUCCUGCUGAAUCUGAUCAACAUUUGCAAUCUUCAGAUUUUAAGUUUCACUUCAGAGAUUUAGACUAUUACACAUGUGUUAUAAAUAAAUGUUGAUAUGAACUUUAUCUUCAUCAGAUCUUCUCCAGUCCACAUCUUUGGCAACAGCAACAGUUUACAUUCCUACGCUCGGCCCCCGUUAGCCAGUAGUGCACCCAACCCGUCCAGAGGUCACCUCAGGGAGCGCAGGCGUGUCAGGGUAACCUUUCUCUUCAAUCUCUGUCUCUGAAAGCCGGAAAAUCCUUAAAUUUCUCUACAUUCUGUUGUAAUUUCAAAAAACAAUUCCAUGCAUAAAGCAUUCUUGAAUUUCAUAAUUUAUUGAUUCAAGAUUUUUGUUUUAAUCUUGUACAGGCCAGCAGUGAAUCAGAAUCAGGUGUUUUCUCAAUGUCUUCAUCUUUUUCUGAUGAUGAAGACAUGGCGUGGUCUCACUCCUGGCCCUCCACAGCCUGGCAUUGCUUUCUUAAAGGUGAGUACAUAAUGUAUUAUAAGAUUAUUAGGUGGGUUAGACAUUUGUUGGUAUCUGAUACUUUCAAGACUGAAAAAGUUUAGAUUGGCUUCCCUGAAAGUGUGACCACUGUAACUGCAGAGGCAUUCAGUCCCCAAACUAGGAGUAACCAGUUCUUAUACAAGAUAAGCUCAGAAAAUUUAUUCACACUUUACCCUCGCUUCUUUGUACCCUCCAUUCGAAGGUAAGAACCCCCUCUCUGCACUGGGAUAAUGUUACUUGAAUUGUGAUACUUUCAUUCAGUUGGUUUACCUCCUCAAAUUCUUCUAGCACAGGAGUAUAAUCAGGACAGAUGUGUCCUCCUUUUAUCAAGAUGUCCAGGAGUGUCUUUUGUAGAAAUUCUGACCUCAGGUGUCCAGACAGCAGUGUUGUUUAUUCCAGCAUUCUCUGAUCAGUAUCAACUCAUCUGCUUAUUCAUCAUGUCACACUGUUCUUUUCAUAUUCAGGAACCCGCCUGCGCUUCCACAGAGGUCCUAAUGUGGAGUGGCAAGAGGCUGAUGAGCUCCGGGAUUCUGACGAUGACUCAGAUGAUGAAACGGUGAUGCCACUCUCCUCCUCUCUGAAGGUAAAUAAAAUAUACAAAUUAAAUUUAAUGAUGCUGCUUUGCUUACUAGAUUAGUGCCUGAUUUUGUUAGGUUUGUCUCUGAUUACAUUGGCUUAUAAUGGCCACAGGGUGGCAGCAAUGCUCACAGUAGAGGCACUGGGUGCAGUGUGAAGUGCAAGAAUGUGUGAAGUCUUAAAGAAACCCUUACAUACUUAAAGAUCAGUAUUGACAGUUUUAAUAUGCAUUAGGGAAAUCAAGUGUUUAGGCAAACAGGAACUGAGUUGUUUCUGUGUCAUUACUGUUUCUUUAUUUUUCUCCUUCUUACUGAUGUGUAAGGACUCUUCUGAUUGGACUCUUGCUUCACUUACAGCGAUACGGGGCCGAGGGGCUGAAGCUGGUGAGCCACGAGGAGACCGUAUCUUUUGGUCAGGCAGUUCUCAAACUGACCUUUGACCCAGGCUCACCCGAUGACAGCCUUUUGACAGCCGAAUGCCGACUGGAUCACCCAUUUUUUGUUAAAAAUAAAGGUAAGGGUUUUUGUUCUCUUUCUUAAAAAACCAGGAAGAAGAAAGAAAAAACUGUUGGGCAUCUAUCAGGACAAAAAGGAAUGUGCUAUCAAAAACAAAAUUGAAAGUGAUAAUGUUGAUUUGUUAUUUCAUAACAGACAACUUUACGAUCAUUGUAAUUAUUAAUUUACUGUCUUUGUUUCUCAGGGUGGUCUUCAUUUUAUCCGAGCCUUACUGUGGUGCACCAUGGAAUACCAUGUUAUGAGAUGCACUUGGGCGAUGUGUGUCUGCCACCAAACCACCCAGAUGCCAUUAACUGCGAUGACUCUGUUGUCUUUGACACUUUCAGAAGGUACAGAAGUACAUCCAAUGGGAAUGCACUUUAGGCAAUAAAGAGACUCAGCGCAGCUAUAACCAAUGUCCUCAUAAUAAGAGACAAAAUGAAGACAUGAUAACAAUGUCACAUUUUGUCCAUGAUUGCUACAAUCCAGAAAGAACUGCUACUCAGCUUCCAUUAAACUAAGGGAGUUUCACUGAAAGCUCAUUGUUAUGCAGACCAACUCACAACUGCAAGCCUCUGAUUAAGUGUCUGUUUUUUGAGACCAAAACAAAAUUUAAGGUCAUGGUCGGUUUUGGACCCCAGGUGACCAGAAACAAAACUGCGGUUGAAUGAUAAAGUAGCUAAAAAAUGACUGUAAAUGAGUCACUGCCUGAUGACAAUUUUGUCCUCUUAACUGCAGUGGUAUGAUAGUAAUUUAAAAAGCAAUUGUUAUUGAAAGUCAUUAAAAAGUCAAAGCGUUUACACCUGUCUCCCAAGGCCAAGAAACACUCAAACACAGCAAAGUUGAAGACAAGAGGAGGCUUUAGACUUCCUUUGGUGAUACAGAUGGUCAGCCAUCGCUAUCAAGCAGUCUUCAUUUGUCAUUUAUGUGCUAACAAUAAAAAAUGAGUUUGAGUAUUUGUCCUCUGUCUGAGAAGAAAAGAUGUUAUUAGUGUUGAGGAUGCCCCUGCAUUGCAGAGACUAGGCCCCUCCUCUUUUAUGGGACUCCUUUUUUAAAUGAUUACUAGAAAAUUCUGAAUGCAGUCUAUAAACAUGUAAGGAAAAAAAAAGACACAAAAGUUAAACUCUCAUUUCUUCUUUCUGCAGCUAUGAUUUCACCCCUCUGGAUUCCUCAGCGGUGUAUGUUCUGAGCAGCAUGGCUCGUCAGCGCAGGACUUCCCUGUCUAGCGGGGGGGCUGUCAGUCCAGACUGUGAUAAACUCGAGCGUUCCUGCUCCCCGCAGUCCUCCACAAGCAAAUCCCAUCGGGGCCACACCUCAGGGACAGCCAGCAGUGCCACGCCUACAAAAUGCAAGCGGCCAAUGAAUGCCUUUAUGCUCUUUGCCAAGAAGUAUAGAGUGGAGUACACACAGAUGUAUCCUGGGAAAGACAACAGGUAUGCAAAAUCAAUGAGAAACUGUUGUUGAGAAAGCAGUUGUGAUCUUUUAAAGGUGUCAUGUAAACUUAUGAGCCAAAAGGUAGUGUUUGAGCAUGAAAAUACCUCAUUACAACAACUUUAAGACACCAGUGUUGAAGAUUGCAGAGGCAAAAAUGGUAAAGGCCAUAGUUACAGUUUAAACUCAUUGUAUUUAUGUUCUGUGCUUGUAGUUUAACGAAAAGAGGAUGCAUCGUGAAUCUCUGAGAUCCUGAGAGUGAGGGUGAUUCAGAACGACCCCUCCUCCUCUAAGAUUAGAGAUGAAUAAUGAUCCGUCUUCAAACCACACUUGGGCCAAUUCAUUAAAUCAACUCUUCUCACAGAUUGUGGGAUUUCUGCUUCAUGUUAAAACUGAUUUUUAAACAGAUUAAUUUCCUAUCACUUGAUUUACUAGAGGAGUAAGUGCUGUGUGGGAGUAUUAUUGAGUUUUGCCGCAUGUUCAACUUUUAGUGCAAUUUAUUUUCUUGAAUCAACAAAUUUAAUCAAUUUCUCAUCAGGUUGAUCUCUCAUUUUAAGCCAAAGUUUUACAGUUUUACCCCUGAGGUUGGCCGGUCGUUGCCAGAAACAAAAACCAUUUCAUUUGUGUUCAAUUGAGAGAUGACCGUUGAAUCUCCUUCAGUCAUUUCCCCCAGAAAAGCUCAAAGUCAGGCUGCCUCUCCAAAGACAAUAACCUGAAAAGUUGUCUUCAUGAUCUUCUGUCUGUAAUCUUACACUGCAGAGCCAUCAGCGUCAUCCUGGGCGACAAAUGGAAGAAGAUGAAGAGUGAGGAGAGGAGGAUGUACACCAUGGAGGCCAAGGCUCUGGCUGAGGAGCAGAAAAGACUCAACCCAGACUGCUGGAAACGUAAAAGAACCAACUCAGUAAGGACCAAUAUCACUAAAUUACAAUGCAAACAUCUAUAUAACCUAUAUCUAUAACAUACCUCUUGUUGUUUUAUUACAGGGCUCUCAGCAGACCUAGAUAAUCCCAGAGAAUCCCCUGCUGUCUGUGUUUUGUCAUGGAGAGGUGCCAGACAGAGUCUGAUAGACCGCUUAAUGUCUCUUUGCUCUCCUGUAUUUUGAAGACUCAACUGUGAUGCUGAAUUCACUCGCUUUUUGUAACCUUGAAACAAUAUUAGAGGACAAAAACUGAAUUAUGACCUAUAAACAAACCAUAUAAUCUAGUCACUAACAGUGCAUAUAUUUUCUUAUAUCUUUAAUGUCAAAGAUGUCUUAUUCCCCAGAAAUAAGAACGAACCUUGACAGAUAUUUCAGGUUAUUUUAUAUUCAAGGUUGGAGAGCGAGAGCCUGUGGUGCUAUGCUUGAGUGUAGACAGAGCAGCAAACAACAAGUGUCUAUUUAUAACUGUAAAGAGGGGAAUUUAAGAACUUUUUUCACAACUAUUCCUAUAGAUUAUAUUUGUAACAUUCAAUAUAUUGCACAGAUUGGUAACCCUUUUCAUACAUUUUUUUAAUACAGUAUAUAUUCUACAGAUAAACUCUGUCCAACAGUUUGAGAUACUGACCUGCCAAGUCUUUACAGUGAGGUUUACCCAACCACCAGGCCAUAUGAUGAGACGGCUACAGCAUGUGGUGGUGGGUUUACACUCAGUCACAAAUCACUUCAGGCCUUCACUGUAAGUGUUUGUUUCUUAUGCACUUUAUAUAAAUAUGUAACCUAAUCCUAUACAGCCGCUGUAUACUGGUGGAAACCAUUUGUAUUAUACUGCUAGUAGCUUGAUAGUUAUCUGUUUGACACAAUCAUGGCCCAGACGCCAUGCUCUGCUUUCAGGUUGCCACUGAAUUUUUAGUGCUUUGUUCAUAAUGUACAGGUUUCACAGCCCCAACAACCUCUUGCACAGAAUAUCCUUGUAUCAUAUUAUAAAUAAUUUUUUAAACUUGCUUCUUAUCCCAGUGUUUGGCUCUUUUUCAUAAACUGUAUCACAACCUGUGAGUGCUUGAUUGGUUUUGUGCUUGAAUACAAGUUGUGUUUUUGUGUCCUUUGAUCUGAAA